GGUGUGUUUAAUGAGUGUAAUUAGUGCAGAGCACAUGUAUAAGAGCAGCCUCUGGCUGCUGUAGGUGAGUUGCUGUUCUGAGGGAAACAUGGUGAUGGAGCUUUCUGGAAGGGUUUCUUGGAUCUGCCUGCUUUUUGGUCUGGCUGCUGGUUUUCCUGCAGCUUCUCCUCCUGCAGCUGGACCAAGAGGCUUCAGCUCCUCUCAAUCUGCCUCCCCAAGAACCUGGUACACGGACAGAACUGUCAAGUUCCCAGUGCCGUCCCAGUCAGGAACGUCAUCAUUUGGUAGCUCCGGGUCUGGGGUCUUCUCUGCUGGUGGUGGAUCCGGGUCUGGGCUCUCUGCUGGUGGUGGAUCCGGGUCUGGGGUCUUCUCUGCUGAGGAUGCUGCACUACAGGUUUUCCAGGACCUGUCGUCCUUGGGGAGCAACCUGCAGGAUGCCCGUCAGAUGAGCCUCGGUGAGGCCUGGAACAACAACAACCAGGUGGCCUUCGGCAGUGUUGCAGGUUAUCCUCAUUAUGCAGUUUCCCACGUCGUCCACUACAACAGCGGCUACCAGCGAGCAAGGGACGGACGUACUGAUCAGAAAUAUGUGGACGAUCUCUCUGGCCACAUUCCUCUACCUGAAAUCCACCCGGGACAAAAGGGUGGAAGUGGAUCUAAAGGCCAGCAGGUCCAGAGAGGAUGAACAUCGACCGGAACAUGUGAAACUGAAUAAAGCUUUCUUGGUUAUGUCAUUGCUUCAGACUUUCGUUUUCUUGU